AGAUCCGCAAGUUGCUUUAGACUCUGAGACAGAAGAAAAAGUCGGCCUCCACUGAUGAAAGAAGAAAUGUUGGAAAUUAUGUUGCCUCGCAGCCAAGUGGUCUCUUUAAAAGACCAGGCAGAUGUCUUUCUUCUAAAACCGGAGAAAGGAGGAAGCAUAGUGCAAACCGUACCAUGGUGGAUGUCGACCGUCGGAUGUCCGCCCUCGGCCCGGCCCACUCCGCCGGGCUUCGCCGUCUAUCGGUCCGGGCCGCCACAGCUUACGCGACUUCCACGACGACGCACCGCCUCGGCGUCCUCUCCCUCCGCCCCCUCGCGGAGGUCAUCCUCUCCCACCUUCACGCUGCCUCCGUCCCACUGCGCCCGGGACUCUCCGAGCCUGAGCUCGCCCGCCUCGAGGCCGACCUCGCCUUCUGCUUCCCCCCGGACUUCCGCGCCCUCCUCGCCCUCGCGCUCCCUUCCGGCCCCGGCUUCCCGGACUGGCGCGCCCCCGGUCCCGGUCACCUCCUCCGCCUGCCUCGCUCAGCCGCUGCUCUUCAGGUAGCCCGCGGCUCCUUAUGGCCGCAUUCGUGGGGUUCCCGCCCUGCCGACCCCGCCCGAGCCCUUCGUCGGGCCCGUGCCGCUCUGCGCCGCGCGUCGCUGCUGAUACCACUCUUCGGUCGCUGCUACCUCCCUUGUUUUCCCUGUCUCGCCGGGAACCCUGUUUUCUACGUCGACGACUCCUGCAUCUUCUGCUGCGCCAUCGACAUCAUCGACUUCUUCCAGUGUCGUUCCCCCUUUUCUCCGUACCCGAGUUGCUCUUCCACUCUCCCCAGCCUCGAAGCUGCCCGAUGGAUCGAAUUUUGGAGCGACGCCGCAUCCGAUCACCGGCGCCGCAUCUCCUCUUCGUCGUCGUCCUCCACUUCCUGCUCUUAUUCAUCGUCGCCGCCUCCCGAUCCGGUUCGCUUUGUGGAAAUCCGAACUCCAAGGCUGCCAGACUGGGUCGGGUGCUACUUGGACGGCAUCGGCUCCGCCUUAAGGCAGGGAGGGUGGGGCGAAUCGGACGUCCAGGAGAUGGUCAACGUACCCGUCUCCAGUCUCUUCGACGCCGGCGACGAGUGCGUCGCGAGAGCUAAUAUAUUGGUCGAUCCAGAGGCUGCGCUUGACGCACUGCUCGUGAAAGCGGGGCGGUGCUCAGAUUCACUCCGGCAGGCGGGGUGGAGCCCCAAAGACGUCUCCGACGCGCUGGGCAUCGAGCACCCCCGGCGAAAGGGGAGAAGGCAACGGUCGACGGUGGAGGUACCGCCUGCAAUCGCGCUCAGGGUGGAGGAGCUGGCACAGGCGGUGGCCCGAUCGUAAGUGGCAGGCGGUGUCCAGAUUCAAAUCGGCGCCUUUCAUUUCGUUUUUCAAAACUUGAGCAACGCUUGAAGGUGUGUGAAAAAGAGAGGCGUUGGAAAAAUAUAAUACAUGUAUCAAAAAUCUUUGAUUAUUGUAGCAAUGGAAAUCGGAGACUCGUUCAUAAUACAUGUAA